UCAGUUCAAAAAUUGAAGAAGCCAUCACGACAAAACUCAAACUGUUCACACUCAAAAAUCAACAUUCUUAGACUAAACAAAAUGUGUUACAAAUAAACAAAACCGACUGUUGCAAGUUCAAGAAGAUAAAGGCUAGUUCUAAUCAGAGGAAAAAAUAUAAGAAACACAAGAGCAAAGGUCCGUGAAUUUGCAGUCGAAAUGAAUCGACGAUGCGUUAAAACGCAAGUUCAUUCAUAAAAUUAAGCGCCACAGAAAAGAUAAAUUACGCAAAUGAGGCAGAAAGGAAAGAUCAAUCAUGAGAAAUCGUGUGUUGAACGCGUCACAAAAGUUUCUCGAGUUCUUCUCGCGAGUAACCUGCUGGCUCUGUGAGACCUUCGAAAAGUUACUCGACAUCUUUCUCGAUUUCUUGACGAGGAUAAUCGAGCUGAUACUAGCGGUGAUGAACCUGAUUUUCCAGGUGAUAUGCUUCCUAAUGGGUCUCUGUAUCGACGCCAUGCAAACGUUUGCCAAUAUCUUUCGGGGGAUCGUUAAUGUCAUCAGCAAGAUCACCUGCGAAGAGGUCGAAGACUUCGCCUCGGCUUGCAUUGUUGCGUUUCUUUGGAUAGGAGCUUUCAAACUUCUGAGGAAUUUGCUCUACCGAAACCCUCGAGUAAACACGUUCAGACUGUUUGGCACACCAAACGUGAACGCGAACAAGAGCAAUAACAAGUUUGAGAUAUACAAGCAAGGAACUUGUCCACCCAGGAGAAGGGCAGGGAAAAGGGUGAAUAGGCGUAAUGAGAAGCGAGCCAAAAUCACUCCCAAGGACGAGGAACUUUGUGACUAGAAUAAAAGAGAACAGAAGUAAAAGUCCUACUGAUCUAUAGGUUCAAAAAAGGAAGAUUACAAACGUGAACCGUGUACUAUGAAUACAAUUUGUACGAAGAAAACGAAAA